AUGCAGCUUCGGCCACCACCCAUGGCUCGUACAAAACCGACCAUGCAGCCCACCGGUCGCUCAACCAUGCCAUCAUUCUGCAUACCGACCCCCUUUUAGCGCCUGAGACAGCGACAUGAGCGUGGAGCCGCCAUUCCAGCUCAAGCAUACUAACGUCAGUCGCCCGCGCCUAUCCCACUCGGACUCGCAGCAGAGCAUCGCCGCCUCCCAGGCCGCGUCCGAGGGAUACUACAGCCUCUCCGAGAACACGUCGAGCGAAAGUGAUGCGCCGCACCCCCGAUACCACACGCCGCCCUCACACCAUCGCACGCCCGCGCAGAGUCAUGAGCAUUUGCACCACGACGCCGAAGCACCGGUAACAUCGCUGAAGGGCGUUGGAGUGCCCCGGCAGCAUCAGCAGCCGGCACAACCCACCUACACCAACGACCCCCCCCUAUCGCCCUCCGUCUCCACCAUCGUAGAGGAGAGGCCGGAGAUACAGGAAGGGAAGAAGUCUCAGGCGCGCUCCGACAUGGACUCGGACUCCCUCUCUACGACGCCCGGCAUGGAUUCAACACCAUACAUCCGCUUUGCCAUCGACCAGCUCACGCGCGAUGAGGAAGUGCGAGGGAGCCGCAUGUACCCCGCUGUGGCUACUCCAGAGGAAGAGGAAGAGGAUGAAUACCCUGUCGACCGGAUAGUGUCUGACGAGAGCCUUGGGUAUAUGGCACAAGAGCAGCAGACACAACGGAGACUAUCCCGCUAUAUACCGCAAAAGCCAGCCAGACACACGUCAGGCCCUAGCGGAGACACGACAACAGAGCGACAGCACAGGACACCCUACCAGGCCGAAACGCCAACCCAACAUGUACAGAAGGACGUAUUUGUAUCAACGGGUUCUCUCCCGCAUGCGCCGCUCCACUUCCUCCCCGCAAUCCUGCGCCCGCUCUGGCUGCUCCUCUUCAUCCUCCUAUGCGUGCUCAUGCUCAUUGCCCUCAUCUUCUCCGCUGUGUACUCGAACAGGAACGGCGGAGUCGGGCUCUGGAACUACGCUUCUUUUGGAGAUAACCGCUAUUUCGUCUUCGAGUAUCUGCCGACUAUGCUCGGUGCGAUAAUAUUCCUCUGGCUCCUCCAGGUGCAGAUCGCGCUCCAACGGGUCAUACCGUUUAUCUCCAUGGCCUCUGGAUCGUACCACCAACGGUCCGAAGCCAUAUUCCUCCAAUUAUACCCCAUGCAGUUUCUGCUACCCAAGCUGGAGUACUUCAGGGCCGGCCAUCCGCGGGUCGGCCUUUGCUACCUUAUCUUCUGGCUCUUCUCCUGGACGAUACCCCUUCUUGCAUCUUCUUUCAAUGUCCGGUACGACGUCGGCAUGCGCGUCUGGCGAUGGGUGGCUGUUCAAGGCGUUAUCUGGACGAACGUUGCGCUAUAUAUACUCCUGAUUCUGGCACUUCUUUUUCUUCUAAUAUUUCUGAUCCGCAACGAAACAGGGCUCAAGUGGGACCCCCGGUCGUUAGCCGAUAUCAUUACGCUCCUCGAACGCUCGAAUAUGCUGAAGGACUAUAAUGGCUCAGAGACUUUCGAGAAGAAGGAUUGGGAUUGUUUACGAGGCCGAGCGGACAAGAUUGGGUACUGGAGGACGACGAAACGACCAAACGACGUCUUCUACGGCAUUGGCGAAGAAGGUGCACCAACCAGGAGGUAUUCCAUUGAGGAUGGCCGGAUCAGGGAGAAAGGCCCCGAGCGCGCCUUUCCCGACCCGAGUACGACACAGAACGCUCAGCGCACGGGCGACUUUUCGAUCCGAAUGGAUAUUCGCAGCCCGACUGUUCGCCUGAGGUAUCUACCAUGGUAUCUGCGCGACACAAUGGUGAUUGCGUGGAUCGUCAUUGCGCUGGUCCUUCUCAUCGCCUUUCUCGUGGUCAGCUUUGUCAACAGCGCCGUCCGCUCGGGUUUCUUACCUCAAGUCUUCGCCCGCACCAACUCCGCUGGCUUCUCUGCCUCGAACUUCCUGUACUCGUUCGUACCUGCCUUGAUCGCCCACUUCCUGUUCCUCGUCGUCCUGACAUUCGACUACUCCUUCCGCACCCUCCGACCCUACAUCUCGCUAGCCUCUAAGGGAGGCGCGACCGCCGAAGCGUCCCUCCUGAUUGAUUAUGCAUGCCGCCUCCCUCUCUCCGUCACGCUAUCAGCGCUGGAUAACCAACACUACCAGACUGCGAUUCUCUCCCUCGUCUCGCUCUGCUCGAUCACCCUCCCAAUCCUCGCGGGCGGCUGUUUCUGGACGCAGUACUACCCGAGCUCGGAUGUCGUUAGGGUCGCCGCCGAUCUACCGGGCUACUACGCGCUGUGCUUCUUCCUCGCGCUGUAUGCUGUCAGUCUCUUCGUCUUGCUUCCUGGCCGGCAUCGUGCAGCGCUUCCGCAUCGCAGCACCACCCUCGCUGAGAUCAUCAGCUGGGUGUAUCAGAGUCCAAUCGUGACCGAUCGAGCGUUCAAUCGCCCGCAAACGAAGCCAGAGCUCGUUACGAGACUGAUGGGAUCUGCGUACCUUGAGCGUAGCUGGGCGCAGUCCCUCACUUCUCUUAUCCCCCCCUCCCGCGAUAAUCUACGAGGCGAUCAAGACGUCAACGAGAAGAAGCGCAGGCGAGGCAGGAAAGAUGACGCCGAAGUACGGACCUCUGUGCUUGAGCCGGGGAAGAUCAAGUACGGUUUCGGCAUACACGUCGGCCGCGACGGCCUCGAGCAUCUCGGUAUCGAUCGCGUGCGACGUGGUGGUGAGAGAAGCGGUCGAGAGCUUGUCAUCUGGGAAGAGCAGAAUCGCAAGAGUUGGAUCGGCUCGUCCGCCUAAGACGAGAUUCUCAGACCGGGAUGAACGUGGUCUUACGAUGGAAGAUCCCGAGGAACAUUUUCUUCGCCUUACAUAUUCAAGAGGAGACACAAAUACUUCUCUAUUCGGCGCAUGAGCAUGAGCAUAUGGGUUACGG